GACGAGGCCAAGAAGCGCUGCCCGGAGCUGGUGCUGGCGCGGAUCCCCCAGGCUUACGGGAAGGCGGAUCUGAGCAGGUACCGAGAGGCCAGUGUAGAGGUGAUGAAAGUGAUGUCGCGCUUUGCUGUGAUUGAGCGUGCCAGCAUUGAUGAAGCUUACAUGGACCUGACUAGUGCUGUACAAGAGAGGCUCAAGAAGAUGCAAGGGAAACCUAUCUUAGCAGAGCUGCUGCCAACUACCUACGUCCAGGGACUGCCCAACAUCUCUACAACAGCAGCAGAGAAAGAGAAUAUGGAUCACAAAGAGGCGCUGCGGCAGCGUGGCUUGCGCCAGUGGCUUGAAUCACUGCCUUUUGGUGACAUCAGCUGUCCAGACCUGCAGCUGACAGUCGGAGCAGUAAUUGUGGAGGAAAUGAGGGCAGCAGUAGAAGCAGUUACAGGAUUGAGGUGUUCAGCUGGGAUUUCACACAACAAGGUACUGGCAAAACUGGCCUGUGGGCUGAACAAGCCCAACCGCCAGACGCUGGUAUCCCAGGGAUCUGUCCCACAGCUCUUCAGCCACAUGCCCAUCAGCAGCAUCCGGAACCUGGGAGGGAAGCUGGGUGCCUCUAUCACGGAUAUACUGGGAGUGGAGUACAUGGGACAGCUGACCCUAUUCAGUGAGUGUCAGCUCCAAACUCACUUUGGAGACAAGACUGGGUCCUGGCUCUAUGAUAUGUGCAGAGGAAUCGAACAGGAACCUGUGAAACCACGGCAGUUGCCUAAGUCCAUUGGUUGCAGCAAGAACUUCCCUGGGAAAGCAGCCUUGGCCACUCAGGAACAGGUGCAGCACUGGCUCCUGCAGAUGGCCUUGGAGCUGGCGGGGAGACUGAACAAGGACAGAGUCCAAAACUGCCGGGUGGCCAAACAGCUGAGUGUGAGUAUCCGCAUGCAGGGCAAUCAGCGAGCCAGUGCCCUGUCACGCCACUGUGCCCUGUCACGCUAUGAUGCCCAUAAGAUCAGCAGUGAUGCCUUCGCGAUCAUCCGAAACUGCAACAUGGCAGGAUCUCAACAGGCUGCAUGGUCCCCUCCUCUCACCUUUCUGCAUCUCACUGUGAGCAAGUUUUCGGAGGCUCCAACGCUCUCUCCUGCAGGCAUUGCUGCCUUCCUGACUAGUGACACCCAGUGUACGCUACCAGUGGGCACCGGUCCAUCCAGCCCAAAUGCCAAAGGCACUGGGAGCCCAAGAAAAGAUCCCAGCAAGAAGUCCACAAAUGCUAUUGAGUCCUUUUUCCGGAAGGCAGCAGAAAGGCAACAAGCUCAUGUGGUUACAGGCCCCUGCCUGCCUGACAUCCCUAGUGCAGGGGCAGAAUUGUCAGUGCCUGAGCCCUGUGUCCACAGUGCGAGAGACGGUGCCAUCCUUGGCAAGAGUCUGGAAAUGUUUGUGAGGCACAGUCCCAAGGGUUGCAGCUCUCCCUCCCCUUGCAGAUGGCUUCCCCCUGAGGAGAUGCUCGCUGACCAUGCAGAAACCCCUUCUGCUGGUCCACCCUCUGGGAGUGUCCUAGAAACAGAACCAGCUGCUUCAGAGCUACCUGAGUGGAAGCAGCAGAGUCUGCCACCAUCUGCUGAGUUUGCACCAGGCCCUGCCAGCUCAUCAGCUGACAAGCUGCACUGUGAGAAGUGUGGGCAGCUGGUGCCAGUGUGGGAGCUCCUGGAGCACAUGGACUAUCACUUUGCUGUGGAGCUGCAGAGCUCCUUCUCAGAACCCAGCCCCAUCAGGACUCCUGUAGCUACUUCUAGUUCUCCUGCCAAGGGUAAAAGCAAAGCCAAGACCCCUGGAGGCUCCAAUGCAAAGCGCCCCAGGCAAGGAGUGACCAGGACUCUAGAAUUCUUCUUUAAACGGCUCCCUCCUUAGGACCACCAGGUCCAUUUUAGUGUGAAGUUGAGUGAUUUCUGAAGUUUUUAUCCUUCCUGUGAACUUAUCCAAAGAUUGCAUAAUAAAUGUCUGCAGUGAGUGAGA